AGGAGAGGCUGGCCCGAUUCGGCUCAGCCUCCCGCCUCUGUGCAUUUUGUAUCGAUACACUGCCAACUGAAUCAUAUCCCUCAUGUUGUGCUCGUCUGUCUGGCCCUCCGUGGCGCUUGCCCUGCUGGGCGUCUCCGCUUUGCCACGGUGCUGGGCGCUGCAGCUCGGGACGAACGCGAGUGCAGCUGGAAGGGAAGCGGCACAGGCAGCGGCAAGGGCGGGCGCGGGGAAUAGGAUGUGGCUGUCGACGUGGAUGGACCCCUCCAGGACCGGGUGGCUGACCAUCCCUGGAGUGACAGGGGAGCUGCCCGGGAACACGACGGCGAUCGUCACGCAUGCCGGCAAGAACGACCAAGAGUUCAUCGACAUGGCCGUGAUGCUGGCCAUCUCUUUGAAGCGCCACGUGCCUGGAUAUCCCAUGAUUGCGCUCGGGGUCCAGGGGAUGACUGCGACGAACAGGGCGACACUUACCCACGCCGGCUGGCAAGUUCUAUUGGUGGAAGACUGGGGCGGGAUCGACAGCAUGUUUUCGGACUGCGGCCACCAGUGCGCAGACAAUACUUUCCUUUAUCGUUGGCAGGAUGCAGUCGAGAAGCUCAACAUUUAACUCCAGUUCGACCGCGUCCUCUACCUAGAUGCGGACACGUAUGUCGUUAGCGAUAAGCUCAGCAGUCUGCUGAAGUCCCCCAGUUUGCCCGACGGCAACAUCGGCAUGGUUCGCGACGGAUGCCAUCAUGAAUACAACUCUGGUGUCAUGCUGUUCCAGCCAAGCGCCACGAACUUCAGACAGAUGGUGAAGAUGGUGGCAGGGGCCAUGACUGGCAACACGACGAAGAUGCACGACCAGCCGAUUAUCAACCAUGUUUACGAAGGCAGAAUCACUGAAUUGGACAAAAUCACGGUGGCGGAUAAUUGCAUGGAUCCUACAGGCAGACUGCAUAAGCACGCGUGCCACCGACCCUGCAAGGAGGUUGUGGUAUCACACUUCACCGGCUUGCCAAAGCCUGCCAGGGCGGACGUAGAUUUUCUCGACAUCGUGCGCAGGCCGCACUCUCCGACGCAGCACUGCUUCGCCACGAAUCACGGCUCGUGCAGUGCAUGGGCGAGCUACUAUUGCGACCUCCGAGCGAACAGGAAGUCGCUGACCAAGCAUCUGCGACGCUCGAUUGGUGCCACGGGCGACUGCUGCCACUCGCCGGGGCGCAAGAGCGACCCCGCCGUGUGCCGGGACGAGUGCCCGAGCCAGGUGAUGUUCGAGUCCGACCAAACCUUCCACUUCCUUGGAGUUUUCAACAAGACCAGUAUCGUUCCAGACAUCGUCAAGCAUGCAGCGCGGCCAAUCUACUCGGGCCCAAAUGGUGCACGGUGGCGGACAUGUUUUACCUCAAGCCAGCGUUGCGCUGGGUUGUGGGCCCCGAUGUGAACUCAGACCUUGGCUGGACCGUGGCGGUGGAGCGUGUGUCGUGCCCUUCGGAGACCAAGCAGUGGUGGGUAAUUGAAGAGCGGCCUGGUUCGAAGGGCUUCAGGCGCAGGAAGGUCAAUGCGACUGUACACGCUGUCAGUGACAGCUCUCGCUGACGACGUGGUGUUCGAUAGUCAGCCUCAGUCCUGAGGGUGGAUCAAGCUGGCGAGCACCGCCGAGCGUGGUACACGCAAGCGAAAGAAGCAGAGGAACGUUUGACGGGCUGUUUGCCAGAACGCGCGAGAGGAGCGCAGGACCUUCCCCCCUCCUCCCCCCGGCGGCCGCCCGGUGCCCCCCCCUAUAAUGUAACGUCCCCCCCCCCCCAGCGCGCAAGGCACUGCUGCCGUGCGCAUCGGGAUCCACAUAAUUAGGCGUCUGCAUAGGAAUCCGCGUAGGGGUCUGGUCCGCAGUCGUCGUCGUCGUCGUCGUCGUCGUCGUCGUCGUCGUCGUCGUCGUUGUCGCUCGUCGCUCGUCGCUCGUCCGCCCGUCGCUGGUCGCUCGUCGCUCAUCGUCGUCCUGUGCGCGGGCCCAUGGACGUAGCUGAAUUUAGUUGGGCGUGAAUUGUGCCUAGGCAUCGACCUAUGCCGAGGCAUCGACCUGGUGAUGCUUGGCAUCGGAGUGACGAUGCAUAGGCAUCGGUAGGACGGUGAGCAGGGUAGGCAUCACGUGUUCAAGGUACCAGAGCCAGUGGGCCGUGCCAAUCCAGGGCCGCUUUGGCAGCCCCUGGCUCACCUCGCCCCUUUGGCGCGCUGCCAGCCCUCCCCUCCCUUCAAAUCUAAGAUCGACCUCCUACUCGAAGUGUGUAGAUAGAAAAGAGCAUGCUGUCACGUGCUUACUUGCCGCGAUCUGAUCCUUGUUCGAAGGCACCGCCGAGAUGCCUCAGAAGCACAUGUCCUGAUUUAUUGCAAGCGAAUUCAGCGAAUCCUUGCAAGUCCUACGUUCUGAUUCGGCGCCGAGCGGGCUUGCCGCUCGGUGCGCGGCCUGUUUCCCGUAGCUCGCCGCUGCUCUGCACCAGCCGCGGGCGUGGAGUACUCUGAGCCCAGUGUCACAGGCCGACCAAAAAUGUACACGUUCAGGAGAG